AAUAAUAUAUCUAACUGCUUGCUGACAACAAGAUUAUUUAGACUAAAUAUGUCGAUGAAAAAGUAAAGAAUCAGCCUACCCAUAAUAAUAAUACUUUGGAAUGUUUAUUUAAGUAGGAAGAUGAUAUUGCGAUCACAUGGCUCCCUUUCAAAAUUAGAAAGUGAUGCGGAUGAAAGUAUAACACAGCUUACGAAGUUAGACGUAGUUCUCACAUUUCAAUUGGAGGUUAUCGUAAUGGAAGUUAAAGGCCUGAAAUCAUUGGCUACCAACCGUAUUGUCUAUUGCACUAUGGAAGUGGAGAACGGUGAAAAACUACAAACCGACCAGGCCGAGGCUUCAAAACCCAUGUGGGACACACAAGGUGACUUUACAACGACACAUCCCUUACCCGUAGUUAAAGUUAAGCUAUACACGGAAAAUCCUGGAAUGUUAGCAUUGGAAGAUAAGGAAUUGGGCAAGGUCACAAUAAAGCCAACGCCUCUUUCAUCGAAGUCCCCAGAGUGGCAUCGGAUGGUAGUGCCUAGAAAUCUCCCAGAUCAAGAUUUACGUAUUAAAAUCGCUUGCCGGCUAGAUAAGCCACUUAAUAUGAAGCACUGCGGAUACCUUCACGCAAUUGGCAAAUCUGUGUGGAAGAAAUGGAAAAGGCGCUAUUUUGUUUUAGUACAAGUAUCCCAGUAUACUUUUGCGAUGUGCAGUUAUAAAGAAAGAAAAUCUGAACCUUCGGAAAUGAUGCAGUUGGAUGGAUAUACAGUUGAUUAUAUAGAAGUGGCAAGCGCUAACUUAAUGUUUGGCAUCGAUUUGAACGGAGGACGGUACUUCUUCAAUGCCGUACGGGAAGGUGAUAGUAUUGCAUUUGCUUGCGAGGAUGAGAAUGAAUGUAGCCUAUGGGUAAUGGCUAUGUACAGAGCCACUGGACAAUCGCACAAACCAGCACCACCAGUAACCCAGGACAAAAACUCAGCAAUAUCAAAAAUACAAGGCGAUGCUGACAAGGCACGAAAGCAUGGAAUGGAAGACUAUAUAAGUGCAGAUCCUUGCUCGUUUGAUCAUGCCGCUCUGUUUAAAGUGCUACAAAAUCUCACUCUUGAUUAUCGCUUGAAUGAUACUUAUGCAUCAUUGGGUUGGUUUAGUCCAGGACAAGUCUUUGUGCUAGACGAAUAUUGUGCGCGGUAUGGAGUGCGUGGUUGCUACAGACAUUUGUGCUACUUGUCUGAUUUAUUGGAUCGAGUGGAAAAACAAUAUAUGAUUGAUCCGACGUUGAUACAUUACUCGUUUGCCUUUUGUGCCAGCCAUGUGCAUGGAAAUAGACCGGAUGGAGUUGGCAGUAUAACACAUGAAGAAAAGGAAAAAUUCGCUGAAAUCAAGGAACGUUUACGUAUUUUACUAGAGUACCAAAUAACGAAUUUUAGAUUUUGCUUCCCAUUUGGACGACCGGAAGGUGCAUUAAAAGCAACGCUUUCCUUAUUGGAGCGGGUUCUCAUGAAAGAUAUUGUAACGCCUGUGCCACCAGAAGAAGUGCGUAUGAUGAUAAAGAAAAGCUUGGAAACAGCAGCACUUGUUAAUUAUACUCGCUUAUCUUCAGAAGCUAAAAUUGAUGAGGAUUUACGGGGUGAAAUCAUAGUCGCUGCAGCUAAGAAGCUAGAAGACCUGAUACAUUUGGCUGAGCUUUGUGUUGAUUUGCUACAACAAAAUGAAGAGCAUUAUGCCGAGCACUUUCCAGGUUCCCUCUCUGCUGGCGCUAGCAUCGUGGGACUGAAGUCGAUACCGUUACGAAAGACGGAAAAAAUUAAUAAGGACAAAAAGGUUAGCAAUGGCAUAGAAGAGGAGACAGACGCAAGUGGUGCCGCUGCUGCACAAGCUUCGGGAGGGACUGGAGUUUCGGUAGCUUCUGGCGGCAGUAUUGGCGGCGAUGCAAGAAAAUCAUUAUCAGAUGGACCAGAAGGAGCAGCAGCAUUCAAAUAUUGCAUGCCAACACAUGCAGUAUAUACUUCACCAGUACCAACGGCAUUCGCUUGGUUUAGUGACUUGCUUGUGGAGCAUGCAGAGAUUUUCUGGUCACUCUUCGCUGUUGAUAUGGACAGGGUACUCACUGAGCAGCAACCAGAUACUUGGGACUCCUUUCCUUUAUUUCAAAUCCUAAAUGACUAUUUGCGGGCAGAUGAUAAUUUGCGAAAUGGACGUUUCCAUCAGCACCUACGAGACACGUUUGCACCACUAGUUGUUCGCUACGUGGAUCUUAUGGAGUCAUCAAUCGCUCAAUCAAUUCAUAAAGGCUUUGAAAAGGAACGCUGGGAUAGUAAAGGAAUUAAUGCAGCUUUAAAUCCAACAACAUUAAAUAAUGCAGCACAGGCUUUAAAUACCGCAGCCCUUAACCCUGCGGCACUACUUGGGGGAAAAAAAGAUCAGGUCAAUUUCUAUAUUCCAAAGCUACCAAGGCGUUCAGUUAAUGCUAUCGAAGACACGAGAAAUGGUUGCGUAACAUCUGAGGAUCUUUUUUGGAAACUAGAUGCCUUACAGUCGUUUAUACAUGAUCUUCAUUGGCCGGAUGCAGAGUUUCGUCAGCAUUUAGAGCAACGUCUAAAAAUGAUGGCCGCUGAAAUGAUUGAACAAUGCAUACAGCGUACGGAUUCAUCAUUUCAUUCGUGGCUUAAGAAAAACGUGGCCUUCAUUUCAACAGAUUAUAUAAUACCUUCAGAGAUGUGCGCAAUGGUUAAUGUGAUAUUAGAUGCUAAAAACCAAAGCUUUAAACUAACCACAAUAGACGGUAUUGAUUUGUACAAAUUUCACACUAAAAUUGAUGAUCAAAUCGAUAAAGCGAAUGUAGCUAUGACACAAGGGCUCAUUUGUAAACUUAUGUCUGUGCUAGAGUCGACUUUGUCGAAAUUAGCGCGUUACGAUGAAGGUAGCCUAAUUGGCUCUAUACUCAGCUUUACUAACGUAUCCAGCUCAGGGAAGGAUCUGGGCCAAGGCUAUGUUAAUUUCUUUCGAAACAAUAUGGAUCAAAUUCGUGGUAAAAUUGGUGAUGAUUUAUGGACGUUAAAUUUUUUCGAACAGUGGUACACGCAACAGAUUAACAUGCUUUGUAAUUGGCUCUCUGAGAGAUUAGAUCACGCACUCCACUAUGCUCAAGUGACAUCAAUAUCGCACAUAACAAAGAAAAUUUAUUCAGAUUUUGAGCUUCAAGGUGUAUUGGAAGACAAACUUAACUCCAAAGCAUAUCAAACUGUUGCUCUACGCAUGACCACUGAGGAAGCGACGUGCGCGCUAACCAUGCCGGACGUUGUUGAGUGUGACGAUAACGGGGAUACAGUAAAGGGUGAAGGAGGUGAUGAAGAUGGCACCGGUGAGGAGGGCGGUGGUGGCUCUAGCGUGGGAGGCGCAUCCCGAGGCUUGCCAAAACCCAAAGUUGCCGCCGCACAAGCAGCGGCUGUGACUAACGUUGUAGCUGGUCGGGUUGGAAAUUUACUAGGAAAAGGUAUUGGGGGACUUAGCUCAAAGCUGGGAGGUGGAAGUUGGUUUUAAAGUAAGUCGAGAUACCAAAAACACUUCAACAAUGUCGCAAGUUAUAUAUUAUUUAACCGUAAUAUAUAUUUGCAUACACUCAUAUAUGUGUGUACAUGCAUAUAUGGAUGCAAAGUACUAAGAGUUAUAAAUAUUAAUUACUUACCGUUAUACACUUGCUUGGUGUUUACAAUAGUAAAACUUAACGAAUCUCCUGUAUAAUAUUUGAAUUAUUAAUGUUUGAUGAAAAAAUUCCUGUCAAAACAAAAAUGAAAAAAGUUUUUACUUAUUUGGAUAUUCAUUUUAAAACUAUAGAAAAUAACGUUAUGAUAAAAUGUGUUAUAUAAUGAUGUAUGCACAUACCUAUGAAUGUAUACACAUACAUACACAAAAGAGGGAUCUUUCAAUUUUCAAAUGAACAUCUCAAUGUUUGGAUUUUUUUUGGUGUUGACAAAGCAAAAGUUGUGGUAUGAUACAUGCAUAGAUGUAUAAUAUAAUUCUUAUGUAAUUACUUUAUGUCAAUAAUUUCCUCGUAUAUCAUUACAAUGUAUUGUGUAUAUUAAAUUAUUAAAAUUAUAAAUAAAAUAUUAUCAAAUUUUACAAAAAUUUAAUAUUUUUAAUAUAAUAUCAUAUUAAUACAAUAUUAAUAAUAUAAAAUUUGUAGUAGCGUAUAUGUUUGUUGUAAAUUGCAAACAAGAUGCAAGACGAAUCUUGCUCAAAAGAUAUAUGAGGGAGUACGUACACAUGGUAAUCAUCUCGAUGCUAUGAGCCAAGUCCUUCAAUAUUAUUAGCACAUACAUAAAAACGUAUGUAUAACACACAGAUAGUAAUCACAGUAAAACAGAUAUGUUACAAAAACCACUCAUACAUAUAUGCUUAUUAAAAUAUAGAAUAUUUAGCGA